AUGGCCUCCGACGACGACAAAACCGGGUGGAUUCUCGCCUGCGCCAGCGGGCUCGCCUGUGUUGCCGGAUCGUCCAUAAUCUGCCUGGACCUUGUCACGCGGCAAGUUCCGCGGUGGAAGCACUUUAGUAUCCGCGAGUCGACGACGUUCCUGUCGGCGUCGCUGUCGCUGUCGUUUGGUGUUAUGUUCUACAGCGCCCUCUACGGCAUGCUCCCCAAAGCCCACAGCUACUUCCUCGCCACCACCUCCAGCACGACAGCAGCCUACGCCACCAUCGGCGCCUUCCUCGCCGGCGUCGCCGGCCUCCAGAUCGUCUCCGACACCCUGCACCACCUACUACCCAGCAGCAUCGUCAACUGCGACGACCACCCCUCCACCGAGGCCAAACCCAAAUUCCCGCCCCACCCACCGCGGGACCUCGAGUCCGGCGGCGACGGCGGCGCAGCAGCAGAAACCACGCCGCUGCUGGCCGCGCAGCCGCCGCCGCUGGUGAGGAAGCCGAGCAUCAAGCAGAAGCUGAGCGGCUUCGUAAAGUGCAGAGGCGACGGGACGUGUUAUGGCUUUACGGACCACGUGUGUCAGCAGCGCUGCGACCCCGUGCUGCUGCUCGCCGACGACAGCGCCGGCGUCAGCGGCGACGGCGCACUGCUGCCCCCCGCACCCGCACCUACAUCUACGCCCGCCUCCUCCAGUGCCCCCACGCACGCACACGCACACGCACACGCACACGCACCACCGCCCCCACCACCACCACCACCCCGCGGCACCCACUCCCACGCGCACGUGUCGCCCGACACAGACAAGCGCGGGCACCACCACGUCGCCAAAAACAAGUUCCUGAGCAUCGGCGUCCAGACAUCGCUCGCCAUCGCGCUGCACAAGAUCCCCGAGGGCUUCAUCACAUACGCCACCAACCACGCCAGCCCGGCACUAGGGCUAAGCGUCUUUCUCGCGCUAUUCAUCCACAACAUCGCCGAGGGGUUCAUCAUGUCCCUACCACUCUUCCUAGCGCUGCGGAGCCGCGGGAAGGCGGUGCUGUGGGCGUCGGUGCUGGGGGGGAUGGCGCAACCGCUUGGUGCGGGGUUGGCGGCGGUUGUGCUGAAAGGGAGAGGAGGAGGGGGAGACGGCGGGGACGGGGAGGUGGGCGGUGUGGGGUAUGGGGUGCUGUUUGCGGUGACGGCGGGGAUUAUGGCGAGUGUCGGGGUGACGCUGUUUAGUCAGGCGGUGGCGCUGAAGCAUGGGAGUCGUGUGCCGUUUGUGUUUGGGUUUGUGGGGAUGGGGCUGUUGGGGGUGAGUUUUGCGUUGACGGCGGAGCGGGAGUAG